GACGCCUGAACGUCAGUGAUCACGUGUCAUCUACUACGAUUCGCUGAAGUUGGAGAAAAGUUUGACAAACCUGAAGAUCUUCCAGAGAGCCAGAGAUUUGCUAAAGAUCCAGAAAGGAGACAUCGAUACUAAGGUUCUUUAUCUCCAAACACACGAUGGAAUCCGUCGCCCAGAAAGUGCUGUCUUCGGGAUUCAAUCUUGACCUGGGACCUCUGAAAGAACCGUUGGCAUUCAUCCGUUUGCUAGAAUGGGUCUUCUCCAUAUUUGCCUUUGCCACGACUGGAGGUUACAGCGGCACAACCAGCAUCAACGUCCAGUGCCAUGGGAGUCCCAGUCAAGAAAUAAAGGCAGCCUUUAACUACCCAUUCAGGUUGACGCAGCAUCCCUAUAGUGUUCCUGACUGCAAAAUCAAUCAAACCACUACCACUGAGUACUACCUGACUGGAGACCACACAUCCUCGGCACAGUUUUACGUCUGCAUUGGAGUGUUGGCCUUUCUCUACACCACUGCCACACUAGUCCUGUACUUGGGCUACCAGCACUUGUAUAGAGAAACUAGUCGUGGCCCCACCGUGGACCUGUUGGUGACUGCUGCCUUGACCUUCAUGUGGCUGGCAUCAUCCUCUGCUUGGGCUAAAGGCUUGUCUGAUGUGAAGUGGGCCACCAGCCCUUCAACCAUUGUAGCUCUUUCUGAGGUUUGCAAAGAUGUCAACAAGUGCACCCCAGGUGCUCUGCCUCACAUGGGCCGACUAAACGCCUCUGUGAUUUUUGGUUUUCUUAACCUCAUCCUUUGGGGCGGCAACUGCUGGUUCAUUUACAAGGAAACCCCUUUCCACAAAUCAGCCAACCCGCCUGCACAUGUGGAGGGGGGAGUCGGGCCAUCGUAACUCACCAGCUUCCACAUUUCAAAAUGUAGUGCUAUUGAAUGAGUCAAUUUGGUACUAAUUGUUAGGAAAAAUAAAAUAGAUUAGAAGGUAUACAUUUCCAAAAUGUACUGUUCCUUUUUUGCUAAUUAUUAAUUUUACAUUUAGGGCUGUAUUAUCUCAAAUACAUUCAGGAAAGGAACUUAAAUUUGAGAUGUUCAUAGUGACAUAAAUUCAGGAAAUUGUAGCAGUCAAAAAUGUUAUUCUCAUAGAUGCUCAGUUUACUUUUUUUUAACAUAUUUUUACCCAGGUAUCCAAAACAAAGGGUCCCUUAUCUCAAGUGGUACUGCAGAUGUGGACUGUGCAGCAUUGUUGGCGAUAAAUCAGAAUGAAGCAUCACUUUGUCAACUUCAACUGCCAACAGUAUUUCUGUACCAUGAAUCAUUUCUGCCAUCAGCAUUUUCUUUAAAAAAAAAAAAAAAAAAACUCAGGGCUGUUGAGUGUACAAAAUACAGUAUAGCUAAUAAAUUAUUAAAUAUUUGAUGUGCAUCUAUUAUUAACAAGUCUAAACAAACUAACAUUUCAGUCUAAUCCUAAAACAUAUAGUAGGCAUCAAAACAUGCAGUUAUGAUGAAUUCAUGUUAAAUAGUAGUUAAUUGGAAAAUUAAUCCAGUUGCCAUUAUGAGAUUAUUUAUAAUGGGUGAAAGCAAUUUUAUUGCAUCAUUUUUGUGUAACGUUGUGUCUUAUCUCACUGUGGAAGGCUAAAUUCAGUAUUUUAGCCUAACCGCUGAAUAUUAUGUUGAAUGUAGUGGAUAUAUUCGUUCAGAGCACGUUCGCUCUUUAUGAAUUUUUAAUUUAAAACUAGGCAGAUGCUAUUUGCACACAGGUGUCAGUAGCCAAUAAUGCUAACUGCACCCAGUUGUGUUGUCUAAACCUAACCAAGUAGUUGUUUCCUAAACCAAAUUACAAAAAUAAGUCUGUUACGCUUCUUCUAUUUCACAACUUUUGCUCUUUAUACUACUAGAUGGCAGGGGGUGAAGGGGCCAGGUGUAAAUAGCCACCACGUGACUAUUCUCACCCAGGUGCAAAUAGACUAUUACACUUAUUGGGGAGAAUUUUGGAUCUUUCCCCUGGAUGUUUAUAAUGUUUACAUUUCAAAAAACAAAAGUCCUACAGUAUUUCAAAGACGAUGUACCAUAAAUUGUAUAGCCUUAGCUAGUGGUUAGUAAUAAUUGAUUGAGCUCUAACCUGUUACUAAUUAACUGUUUUUCUUGUUUUUGCCUGGCUUCUACCUCCACUUUCUUAUAAGACAAGCUGUGUUUCUCUAUUACUGCCAUCAUAAUGAUUCCCUACUUUGAUAUAGCCUUGCUUGAUUCAAAGUUUCUAGUUUGAUCCACCACUUUGUUGAUGAAGGUGUCCCAUAGAUGAAACUGCAUGGACAUGAAAUGCUGUGCAUCAUUAAAAGGAAGAAAUGGA